AUGGAUAGUCAACCUCAAAAUCAUCUAGGAAACACAGACCAAGAUGAAUAUCUCAAUUUUUUGGACACGAGGCCGCUUCAGGGCGAUUCCAACUCAGGUAUAAGUCCUCAGGCCAUACUAGCGCGAUCCAGCGUUCACGGGUCCAACAGCAACUUGCAGUCGGUUUCACCGGCAUCUGUUAUAUCACCAGUGACUCAUAAUCAGCAAAUGAACUCGGCUGCGUCCCAGCAUAUGGUAAACGCGGGGGCUACGCCCCAGCAAUUUUUGGCACACUCAGUUUCUUCUCAGCAGCUACAACAUCAGUCACAGGAACACAAUCAGGCACAAAGCCAAGGCCACACUCCCACACCGGGUCCAGCUCAGGCUGCUUCGAGCCAGGCAAUUACCCCUCAAGCAAUCUUGGGCAAAACAAACUCAUUUCAAGAUGUGCCAUCAGCAAAUACGAGUUCACAUCCGGGGUCCGGUUUUGCCGAUAGAACAGCUAUGUUCGCCGCCCUGCAGCAGCGGCAGCAGCAGCAGCGACAAAAAUUGCAAAUGAUGCAGCAGUCAGCUUCGCGAACUGGUUCUCCCCAGGAUACAGGUAUCAAAAGGAGUUCCGUGGAAGCGCCGCUGCAGGCCCCACCGGUUGGUCAGUUACCACCGGCCCAGCCUCAAGGCAGUUCACCUAGUACUAAUAAUCUACCUCAAGUUCAGCAGAGACAGGCUAUUCAAGACUUGGAUCCAGAGGUUCAGAAGCGCGUAAGUACAGAGCUCAAUAAUAAACAAUUCGAACUGUUUAUGAAAUCUCUCGUGGAGAAUUGCAGAAGAAGAAAUGCCCCAUUGCGCUCAUUUCCAGAGAUCCAAGGACGAAGAGUGAAUUUAUUUGUUUUGUAUACGAUGGUCCAAAAGCUAGGCGGUGGCGAAAGUGUGACUCGCUUUCAGCAAUGGCCAAUGCUCACACAAAAGCUACAACUUGCCACCGACUCCUCACAACAGUUAGCUGCUCUAUAUUACCAGCUUCUUCUGCCUUACGAACAGUAUCUAGCUUCCAGCGAAGGUAUUAAGGAAACUCAGGCCAAAAGACUCUUCCUACAACAGUUUUUGCAAGAACUGCUAAAGAAAAUUCUCAGUGCGCAAUCAUAUCAUUCUCCGAAUAAUGCUCCAACACAGCCCGCUUAUAGCCACGGGCCUACCAGCGGAGCGCUAGAGGCCAACAAGGUCAAGAAGCCUCGCAAGCCUAAGGUGAAGAAGAAAUCCAAAAAAGAAUUGGAACGAGAAAUGCAACUUCAGCAAGAGCAGCUCAAAAGGCAGCAACUCGAGCAACAAAACAAGCUUCUCCUUGAACAAAGAGCUAAACAGCAACAAGAACAAAUGCUACUACAGCAACAAGCCAUACAGCAUAAUUUAGAAUACCAGAAGCUGCCUAAGGUAUACAAGCGGUCAUUUGCCCGGAACUAUGUACCGUCCAACAGAGCGAUUGAAACUUCUAAUGGGUAUGACAUGAGAGCUGUCUCACAAAUUGGGGAGAAAAUUGAUGCUAACAAGCCAGUUUUCUUAUUUGCGCCUGAAUUAGGAACUAUUAAUCUACAUGCAUUAUCGUUGUCACUUUUGUCAGGGUGUGUCUCGGAGGUGAAUGUUGCUUUAAAUACUUUAUUGGUAACAAGUGCUGAUAACCUUCUUCAUAUACCUCUCGACCGCUUUGAUGGCAUCAUUGAGUCUUUGUCAAUUCUUGGUUGUCAACUAUUGAAUAGUUUAUGUCUCUCUGAUGACUGCCCAACCCAGAACUGCGACAAAUAUUUGAGGAAUUUCGAUGUAGUGAGGAUGUUGGACGAAGAUACGAAGUAUACUUCUGACAAUGUGGGGCUAGAGAAGUUGUUCAGAGCUAAGCAGGCAGAAAUGGGGGAAAACGACGUGACGAUAAAGGUAGAUUCGUUAACUGGAGCAGAUUUAGAACAAUCGAGCUUAGCGCCUGAAUCUGCCCUGGUUGACAAUGCACUGGAGGAACAUGAUGCAAAAACUGAAGGUAAUGCGAAUAAUCAGAGCCCAGGAGUGGCAGACGAACCCGCAACCACCUGGCACUAUUUGCCGGAAGCUCUUAGUGUGCUCGACGAUAUUGAUCAACGUAAGCUGAGCAUCUCGAGCUAUAUGGGUUCUCUUCGCGAUGUCCGCGAUGAGGUUGAUAGCCUUUUUUCCAAGGUUACAACCCGCGGCGCAGAAAAUUACCAGCUAAUGCUUGUUGAUCAACUGUCUACCAUAUCGAUGAUAAUAAGGAACCUCUCCUUCCACGAGGCCAACACCUCUCCUAUUGCUACUAACAUAUCUUACAAACGUUUUGUCGGCGAUAUUACAUGGGCUCUCUUCCUACACAGUGAAAAGUUCCUUUUUAGCCGCAAGUGCUUCAACUUCAAGAAAGAUUUAAUCAUCACUUUAUCCAACAUUGCACACUUGUUCAAAAUCGAGGACCAUGUUAGCGCUUGCUUAUUGGUUCUGUUGAUUUUGAGCUUUGGUGAAGGUAAGAAGCAAAGUGAAGAUUUAAACACAUUGCAGUUUCCCGAAUACUCCCUUAAAACCAGCAAUUAUCAGAGCUUUGGCAUAGAUGUUUUAGCGAAACUUCUAACGUUGGGUUACCCUAAUAGGCUUCUGUUUAGAGCGGUUUUCUUGCAAACAUUUGAGCUCGACGUUCAAUCACAGGAUGUAAAGAAUUGCCAAAAGCUCUUGAAUCUCUACGAGGCCACCACUGGACGGAGUCAUAAUAGUCUUGCCCUACUCCAUGAUACAUUUGCGUCGCUCGUAUCGAGUAUACCGUUCCAGCAGUUGAAUAUGGCGCCGUCGCUCGUGGAGGAAGUGGGUCCUCAAAUUGCGCAAAGCGUAACUGCACUUUUGUCGUUGGCCAGAAUUUGUCGCAGAGAGAGCUUACCAAAAGGUGCACCCAAUUUGCCGCUGUUGUGGCUGAAAUCCGAGGAAAACCUGGGAUCUAGCUUGCGUCGAUUAAGUGAAGCAUUGUCCAAUCUGGGAAUGCACGCCAACAAUAAUUUAAAACACCUGAAGGUUCUAUUCAAUUCUAUCAGUGCUAAGUGCUUAGAGCUAGUCACAAUUUUGAUCGAUCGGUCUCUGGAAAUUUCCGGUGCGGGUGAUACAAACAGCACAGCAGAGUACGAAAAAGCUCUCAAAACGCUGAAUGCAAUACCCAACCUUCUUCCCUCCGAGAAAAACUCUGUCACUUUCUUAACCAAUCCCUUGGCUAAUUGUCUGGUAGCAAGCCAAAUGGGUGGGUUACAUCGCUUAAGGAGUCGCCUACUUGAGGAAAUAGAUGCUAUUUGUAGUCUUUGA